GAAGGGGACGCUGCGACUUCCGGACCUUCCCCGUUUCUCCGAUCCUGGCUGUGUGGGGUUGCUGGGGACUUAAGAGUGUCUGCUGGUGAUGGCCGCGGCCGUCGCUAUGGAGACAGAUGAUGCUGGAAAUCGACUGCGGUUUCAGUUGGAGUUGGAAUUUGUACAGUGUUUAGCCAACCCAAAUUACCUUAACUUUCUUGCCCAAAGAGGUUACUUCAAAGAUAAAGCUUUUGUUAAUUAUCUUAAGUACUUGCUUUACUGGAAAGAACCAGAAUAUGCCAAGUAUCUAAAUUGCCUCCAUUUUAAUACGAGACACAUCAUCUCUAACUUAACUGGGAUUACUGCAGUAUCUACUCAUUGGUAUUCCUCCUUUCUCCCUGCCCUGCCUAACAAAGAAGAACCAUUUUCUACACAGAAGCCAACUUGGUCUCUUAAAAAUAGAAAUUACAUUCCAUUAGAACCCUCUGGUCGCUUCCCAUUGCAUGCAGAAGAAAAUUUCGUCUCUUAGCCCUGUGUGAUCUGUCCCUGUCUUCUCUGACCUUAUCUUGUACCACUCCCUGCAUCUCACUGAGUUUCUGACCUCAAGGAACCCGCAGUCUAUAUAUGCAAUGACAGACAUAGCCUGAAAAUGAAAGAACAUAGAAAGGGGUACUUACUUGUAAGCAAGGGUUUCUGGAGAAGGUAACCGUACCCAAGUCUUAAUAGCUGCUUUCUUAUUUUAUAUAUCUUACAUAAUAAAUACAUGAAUUUAUCAUUCAGGUUGUGCAAUAGAUACUCUCGUUUUAAGGCUUACUGAAAUGCAAGGAGCAUAUUGUAAUCACAAACAUUUCUUUUUAAUGAUAAAAAAUAAGCCUUGAACUCCCACCUCUGCUUUGUCUUAAAUAGGUAGUCAAAAAGCAGUGGUGAAACGUCUAGCCUUUUUUUCCCCCUAAACAGACACAAGUUUGAGAGGAGAAUGUUUCAGACUUGUACUUUGGCCAAGCCACUUUUCUCUGUCUAAUAACAGCUGAU